GUUAGCUUCUCCCUUCUCCUUAUAUCUCGGUCGCGACCAGGUAGCGACCGCCCCUUUGUAGCCCUCACUCGCCCAAUCGGAUAUUCUCGACUCCCCCGAUAUCUUGUAAGCCCGUAACUGAAGCCGCGCGCGCGCGCAGCCCUACCUACCCCCUUCAACGCCCAUCAUGCCUAUGGAACUGCGCAAGCGCAAGGAGGCCCCGGCGCCUCCACCUCCGGUGCGGAGGAAGAUGACCAAGACGGCAAAGACGGAUACCGCCUCCAAAGCCAAGGGAGACGCUGAAGAGAAGGCGGCCCCGGUCGCCGCAAGCACCAAUGGCUCCUCUUCAUCCGGCGUGCCCACCGUGGGCGAUAUCAUCAACCUCGACGGAUUCGGCGGCGAGAUCGAGACCAACGACGGCACCAAGACCACCCUCAAAUCCCUCGUUGAUGCGAGCAAGGCGGGCGUGGUCAUCUUUACCUAUCCCAAGGCUUCCACACCAGGAUGCACCCGCCAGGCCUGCCUCUUCCGCGACUCGCACGAGGCGCUCACCUCGGCCAGCGGCCUGGCCAUCUACGGCCUGUCGACCGACUCGCCCAAGGCCAACACGACCUUCAAGACCAAGCAGAAGCUGCCGUACCCGCUGCUGUGCGACCCGCAGGCGUCGCUGAUCGGCGCCCUCGGCCUCAAGAAGCAGCCCCGCGGCACCACCCGCGCCGUCUUCGUCGUCGACAAGGCCGGCAAGGUGCUCGCCCUCCAGCCGGGCGGGCCGGAGGCCACCGUCGCCGUCGUCAAGAAGCUCGUCGAAGAGCUGCCCUCGGGUUCGGCCUCUGCUGCUCCUGCCGAGCAAAAAGUCAAGGCGGAACAGGUGGCGGAGAAGAAGGAGGAGAGAGAGGAGGAGAAGGAGAAGGAGGAGAAGGAGGAGAAGGAGAAGGAAGAGGAGAAGGCGCAGAAGAAGGAGGAGGAGGAGGGCGCCGGGGCUGAGAACAAGUCCGAGGACGCUCCCAAGGCUGAAGGUGAGGGCCAGGGUGAGAGCAAGAGUGAGGGUGAGACCAAGGACAAGGACGAGACUAAGGCCGAGGGCGAGGCCAAGGCUACGGCGAAUGGGGAGGAAAAGAAGAAGGAGUAGAAUGAGGAAAGGAUAAGGAUCAAAAAAAGAAGCUAAUGAGUGAGGGACGGGGGGAGAAGAAAGAACGUAACGAGACCUGGGCUUUUUCGUUCAUGUCUUUGGUGGGCGCUUUUUGGAUGGUUGCGGCGGUAAACCUUGGCAACUCGAGUGGUGUGUAUAUACUAUACUAUCUUGUCGUAUGCUCUUUUGGUACUUGUGUUUCUCUCUUUUUUACGAUAGCGAGGGAAAAACAAACGGGCGUGAUUUCUAUGUCCGCCACGGCCAUCCUCCCC